UCUCACUGGCGCGAAAAACGCACUGUGGCUUUCUAUUAGAGGUUGCGGGGCGGACCAGUUGCCUGUUUGAGCCCUGUCGGCGCUUUUGCCGGAUAGAAGAAGUAGACUCACUGCGGCGAAAGCCAACAUCUCUCUUCCCCACAAGUGACGCCCUCAUCUCGUCAACUCGGACAGCUUUAUCCAUUUCCCCCCCUCCUCAAACUGUGGAGUUUGGUUUCACUGGGAGAUGUUCCAUGCCCUGAAUUGCGCAUUGGGUGUUUCUUGGAGAGCCUGACCCGGUUGUGUGAAGACCCCACUACAGAGGCUAUUGGUGUCAUCUUUCUUGUUAUCAGUUCCUGGUCUAAACACUAGAGGAUCUUAUCCGCUGGAACAUGGAGCUCGACUGUUACCAGCACUAUUUUUUCGACGACUUCGACACGGAGGAAGAUUUUUACAAGUCAACCGCACCAAGCGAGGACAUUUGGAAAAAGUUCGAGCUGCUGCCCACCCCUCCUAUGUCUCCCACCCGGACACUGAGCGGUGCUGCCGUGCACUUUUCCCCGGGAGACAAGCUCAGCUGGCUGUCCAAGGUCCUGGGUCAGGACGAGGAGUGCGAGGGUCAGUUUAUAAACGACACGGAAGAGCUGUUCGGAAACCUCAGCUCCAUCAUCAUCCAGGAUUGCAUGUGGAGUAGUUUCUCUGCCAGCAAGCAGCUGGAGAAAGUCAGUGGGAGGCUGUCCACCGCAGCACAAAUUGGCGUCUCCCCGGUGGCUCAGAUCUCCGUGAGACCGAGCAAAGCGCAGUGCGUCUCGCCCGGUGCGCCACUGGCCGCCUCAACGACAGACUGCGUCGACCCCGCGGCUGUUCUCACCUUCCCGGCAAACAGCUGCAGGAAGUCGGCGUCGUCUGGCUCCGAGUCUCGCUCCGAUUCCUCUGAUGAUGAGGAGGAAAUUGAUGUUGUCACUGUGGAGAGCAAGCAAAACCGGACGCGGCAGGUGAAUGGCCGAAAACCGGUGACCAUCACAGUCCGUGCCGACCCCUGCCCCAAACGUUUUCACAUGUCUGUCCACCGGCAGCAGCACAACUACGCUGCCCGCUCACCGGACAGUGAGCCAGAACCUGAGCACGACGAGGAAGAGGACGAGUCUGAGGAGGAACCUCAGUGCAAACGUACCUGCCAGGAGUCCAGUCAGCAGCCGGGCUCCUCUGCUCGCCUCUCCCACUCAGCCUCCAACUCAGACAGUCCUCAGAGCUCCGACACAGAGGACAGUGACCGCAGACGGAACCACAACUUCCUGGAAAGGAAGAGGCGGAAUGACCUUCGGUCCCGCUUCCUGGCCCUGCGGGAUCAGAUCCCUGGUCUGGUGGAGUCUGCCAAGACCCCAAAGGUGGCCAUCCUGACUCAGGCAACAGAGUACCUGGUCCAGCUGCACACCAGAGAGAAGCAGCAGGUCCAGGAGAAGAAGCGGCUCAAAGCCCGACAGCAGCAGCUCCUCCGCAAGUUAGCCGACUUAAAACGCUCCUGAGACCCACAUAAGCUGGUUCCAAAAUAAACUUCACUGUCACUUUCCAAAACACUACGGACUUUAUAUUAUAACAUGCCUUGUAUGAAGAGCAAUGGAUUUCAUUUCUAAUAAAAGCCUCAUUCAUAUUGCUAUGAGCUUCCUAUGAGUUGACUCUUGGCUGGCCUGUGAACCCAUGACGGCGGAGGCUGGACGUUAGAGCUUUGUGUCAUGUGAAUUAUAUUUUCAUUUGCACUGUGUUUUUGUAUAAAUGUAGCUCUGACUGAGGUAUGCAUUGAUGUGUGAUGAGAGAAAUUGUUUUAAAAAAUGACAAAAAAAAAAAAUUCUAGUGGUAGUGAAUAUCUGUAAUCUACAGGAUGUAUGUGCUGAAAACAACAAACUUGGGCUUAUCAAUGAAUUUUAUUAUUGCACACUUCUGUUGGAGAAAAGUGUAAAUACUCUGUGAAUAGCUCUCAUUUGAUGUACAAAUUAUUAUGUAAAUAAUAUCUUAUCACUCCUGGUGAAGGAGACAGAAUCACUUGUCAUUGUCAAAGUUCAACUUGUCAUUGAACUUUGCUCCUCUGUACAGCAUGCCAUCAGGCAUUAAGGGCCUCUAUUUUGUUAAGAAAAUAUAAAAAAAAUGGGCAAAAAAAAUAUAAAUAUGAAGCACUGGUGUACUUUAUAUUCACCCGCCACUUUGUGUGAUUUUUUUUUUCAAUGCUUUUUUUGAUGCAUGCUUACAUUGCCAGCAACAUUAAAUUUUUAUACCAUAUUUGCAUAUAA